AUGAACCCGCAGCUAGCCAUGCAGAGCCUGGGCGAGCUGCCGGGGCUGAGCCACCAGCCAGGCUCGGCCCCGGGCGGCCUGCUGAGCGGGCCCCCCCACCUGGCCGCCCCGCCGCCGCGGCCCCUGGGCAUGGCCGCCCUCCUGGACGGGGGCGACUUCCACGCCCACCCCCCGCACCCGCACUCGCACCCGCACCCGCACCGGGGCCCCGCCGAGCACCCGCUGGGCCCGCCGCUGAGCCUUGCCUGCGAGGCGGCCCCCGGGAUGGGCCUGGGCGGCCCCUACCCCACCCUGGCGCCCCUCCAGCCGCUGCCGCCCCUCGCCGCCGUCUCGGACAAGUUCCCGCCGCCCGCGCCCGCGCCUCCCCCACAGCGGCUGGCCGGCCACGGGGGCGGCGGCGGCGGCGGCUUCUCCUCCCUGCUGCGCGACGAGCGCGCCCUGGCCGCCGCCUCCGUGGCCCACCUGUACCCGCCCUACCCCAAGGAGGUGUCGGGCAUGGGGCAGACCAUGUCCCCGCUGUCGGGGCCGGGCCUGGGCGGGCUGCCCCACGCCCACGCCCAUGCCCAGCAGGGGCUCCCGCACUACGCGCACCCCGGGCCCGCCCUGCCGCCGGAGAAGCUGCUCCCGCCCGGCGGCUUCGAGGCUCCCCACUCUGCCCUGCUGGCCCGGCCCGGCGAGCAGCCCGGCCCGGCGCAGCCGCUGGCCGGCCUGCAGCACGCCAUCGCCCCGCACGCCCACCUGAGCGCGGCCCGGGAGCCCGGCGGGCCCGGCGCUGCCUCGCAGGCCGGCGGCGAGGAGCUCAACACCCGGGAGGUGGCGCAGCGCAUCACCGCCGAGCUGAAGCGCUACAGCAUCCCGCAGGCAGUCUUCGCCCAGCGGGUGCUCUGCCGCUCCCAGGGCACGCUCUCCGACCUCCUGCGCAACCCCAAACCCUGGAGCAAGCUCAAAUCCGGCCGGGAGACCUUCCGCAGGAUGUGGAAGUGGCUGCAGGAGCCCGAGUUCCAGCGCAUGUCGGCGCUGCGGCUGGCAGCUUGCAAAAGGAAAGAACAAGAAUAUGGGAAGGACAGAGGGAACACCCCAAAAAAACCCAGGUUAGUCUUUACUGAUGUCCAACGUCGAACUCUACAUGCAAUAUUCAAGGAGAACAAGCGUCCUUCCAAAGAAUUGCAAAUCACGAUUUCACAGCAGUUAGGAUUGGAGCUGAGCACCGUCAGCAACUUUUUCAUGAAUGCACGAAGGAGGAGCCUGGAUAAAUGGCAGGAUGAGGGCAACUCCAAUUCCAGCAACUUAUCAUCAUCUUCCUCAAGCACUUGUACCAAAGCAUAGAAAAUCAACCACAAAUGAAA